UCACUCCUGUGAAGAGUGGAGAUGUUAAAGUGGAAGCUCAUUCCUCGCAACCUAAUCACAGAAAAACUGAACAGAUGGAGACAGGAGGUGAUGGAGAGGACUGUGGAGGACCAGAACCAGACCGCAACUCGGGUCCGGCCAGUCCUCCAGAUACUGAUAAGAAAACUGGAGACUCUUCUGAGACUGAGGACAGUGGUGAUUGGAAUGAGACCAGAGAACCUCUGUCUGGUGAAGAGUUUGUCAGUGAUUCUAGAUGUAGAACAAGUAAGAAACCUUUGAUCUGUUCUGAAUGUGAGAAAACAUUUGGUUGCAUUCAGAAGCUGAGGAAACACAUGAUAACCCACACAUCAGAGAAACCUUUCAGCUGCUCACAGUGUGGUAAAUGUUUCACUAAAAGGGGAAGUCUAAAAAUACACGAGAGAUGUCACACAGGGGAGAAACCUUUCCGCUGCUCACAGUGUGGUAAAUGUUUCACCCAAAGGGGAAGUCUAAAAAUACACGAGAGAUUGCACACAGGGGAGAAGCCUUUCAGCUGCUCAGAUUGUGGUAAAUGUUUCUCUGAUAGUGGAGCGCUGAAGAAACACAUUUGUUGUCAUACAGGGGAGAAAUCUUUCAGCUGCUCAGAAUGUGGUACAUGUUUCACCCAAAGGGGACAUCUAAAAGUUCACAUGAGACGUCACACAGGGGAGAAACCUUUCAGCUGCUCACAGUGUGGUAAAUGUUUCACCCGAAGGGGAAAUCUAAAAAUACACGAAAGAUGGCACACAGGGGAGAAACCUUUCAGCUGCUCAGAUUGUGGUAAAUGUUUCUCUGAUAGUGGAGCGCUGAAGAAACACAUGUGUUGUCAUACAGGGGAGAAACCUUUCAGCUGCUCAGAGUGUGGUAAAGGUUUCACUCAAAGUCAAUAUCUAAAGAGUCACAUGAGAUUGCACACAGGGGAGAAACCUUUCAGCUGCUCAGAGUGUGGUAAAUUUUUCACUUAUAGUGGAGCGCUGAAGAAACACAUGUGUUGUCAUACAGGGGAGAAACCUUUCAGCUGCUCACAGUGUGGUAAAGGUUUCACUCAAAGUCGAAAUCUAAAGAGUCACAUGAGAUUGCACACAGGGGAGAAACCUUUCAGCUGCUCACAGUGUGGUAAAUGUUUCACUGAAAGUCAAAAGCUAAAGAGUCAUAUGAGAUCGCAUACAGGGGAGAAACCUUUCAGCUGCUCACAGUGUGGUAAAGGUUUCACUCAAAGUCAAAAUCUAAAGAGUCACAUGAGAUUGCACACAGGGGAGAAACCUUUCAGCUGCUCACAGUGUGGUAAAUGUUUCACCCAAAGGGGAAGUCUAAAUGUACACAUGAGAUGUCACACAGGGGAGAAACCUUUCAGCUGCUCAGAUUGUGGCAAAGGUUUUACUACAAAUGGAGAUCUAAAGAAACACAUGCGACGUCACACAGGAGAGAAACCUUUCAGCUGCUCACAGUGUGGUAAAUGUUUCACUAGAAGUAGAGAUGUGAAGAGACACAUGAGAUGUCAUACGCUGUGUAAAUCUAAAAGUCCACAUGAAAACUCAGAUGAGAAUCCCCUUUAACGUCUUUCCCUAAUUUACAUUACCGUUUCCCACGUGAGUUUUGAAAAUCCGUCGCAAAGCUAUAAUAACUAGGGCUGUCAAAAAUAGCGCGUUAACGGCGUUAAUUAGCUGUUUGUUGUUAAUUACGUCAAUUUUUUUGACGCAUUUCACGCAUGCGCAGUGUGACAAAUUAUUCAGGUCCGGAAAGAACCUCUUCUUCUAGGGAAUGCACUUCAUCCUAUACAACACAUUACA